CGCUGUAGCCAUUUCAUCACUUUAAAGGGAAAGAGAGCAAGGAUCAGAGUCCCGGAGAAACAGUGUAACCAGAGAGCUGCAAACAUUCCCACCACUCUCCGCUGAAACUGAGCACGGCUGAGGCGAAGGAUAACUUCCAGCAGUCCAUGCGGGGCUCCCUAAAAACGCAGAACAAGAAGCGUCUAACGGCGGUUUACUAUUGCAUUUUGUGCUUUUUUGUCAAUGUGUAACGACCGGAGAACAGGUCUAUGAGAUUCUUGAUCUGCCGUGAGAAGUUUGGUUGUUUGCCUAACUGGAGGUGGAAGAGAGAGGUUUGUUAGGGGGAGAACCUCAAAGCUCUGCAAAAGAUGGUGUGGAGCAUUGCUUUGAACAGAGUGUUUAUGUGCGUUAUCGCGCUAUGGCUGGGAUUUAUAUCGCCCCUGUGCAAAGCUCGGAUUUACACCAACCAUUGGGCUGUGAGGAUAACUGGGGGUCCUGGCUUUGCAGAUAGGAUAGCGGACAAAUAUGGCUAUAAAAACAUGGGACAGAUCGGCGAUUUGAAGGACUACUACCACUUUUUCCAUAGCAGGACAAUAAAAAGGUCAACACUGUCUAGCCGUGGUCGCCAUAGCUUCAUCUCAAUGGAACCACAGGUGGAGUGGAUCCAGCAGCAGGUGGUGAAGCGCAGAGUAAAACGGGAUUACAAAGCUGGCCCUUCCCAGUCCAUCUACUUCAACGAUGCCAAGUGGACCAGCAUGUGGUACAUCCACUGCAACGACGACAUCCACAACUGCCAGUCGGACAUGAACAUCAUGGGGGCCUGGAAGAGGGGCUAUACUGGAAAGAAUGUGGUCGUCACCAUUCUGGAUGAUGGCAUUGAAAGAAACCAUCCUGACCUUGUGCAGAACUACGACACACAGGCCAGCUAUGAUGUCAACGGGAACGACCUGGAUCCAAUGCCCCGAUACGAUGCCAGUAACGAGAACAAGCACGGCACUCGGUGUGCUGGGGAAGUGGCCGCUUCAGCGAACAACUCGCACUGCACCGUGGGAAUUGCUUACAACGCGAAGAUCGGUGGUGUGCGCAUGCUGGACGGCGACGUGACCGACAUGGUGGAGGCCAAGUCCCUCAGCCUUCAGCCCCAGCACAUCGACAUCUACAGUGCCAGCUGGGGCCCAGACGACGACGGCAAGACCGUGGACGGCCCCGCCUCCCUCGCCCGCCAGGCUUUCGAGAACGGCAUCCGUAUGGGACGGAAAGGCCGUGGCUCAGUCUUCGUAUGGGCAUCCGGAAAUGGAGGGCGGAGUCGAGACCACUGCUCCUGUGACGGCUACACCAACAGCAUCUACACCAUCUCCAUCAGCAGCACAGCAGAGAGUGGGAAGAAGCCCUGGUACCUGGAAGAAUGUGCCUCCACCCUCACCACCACCUACAGCAGCGGCGAGAACUACGACCGGAAGAUCAUCACGACGGACUUGCGGCAGCGCUGCACGGACAGUCACACGGGAACGUCGGCCUCAGCCCCCAUGGCAGCUGGAAUCAUCGCCCUAGCCCUGGAAGCGAAUCCCCUUCUAAGUUGGAGAGAUGUUCAGCACAUCAUCGUGAAGACCUCUCGCGCUGGCCACCUGAGCGCACCUGACUGGAAGACCAAUGCUGCUGGGUACAAUGUCAGCCACCUGUACGGGUUCGGGCUCAUGGAUGCCGAGGCCAUGGUGAAGGAGGCCGAGCGCUGGAGACAGGUUCCCCCUCAACACGUGUGUGUGGAGAGUGCCGACCGCCAGUUCAGGACCAUCCGGCCGGAGCACGUGGUGAGGUCGGUGUACAAAGCCACCGGCUGCUCUGACAACCCCAACCACCACGUCAUCUACCUGGAGCACGUGGUGGUACGAAUCACCAUAACCCACCCGCGCCGUGGGGACCUGUCAAUCAACCUCACCUCCCCCUCCGGCACCAAGUCCCAGCUGCUGGCUAACAGGUUGUUUGAUCACUCCAUGGAAGGCUUCAAGAACUGGGAAUUCAUGACCACUCAUUGCUGGGGUGAGAAGGCAGCUGGGGAUUGGGUGCUGGAGAUUUAUGACUCACCAUCCCAGCUGAGGAGCCAGAAAGUACCAGGCAAACUAAAGGAGUGGUCUCUGGUCCUCUACGGGACAUCCGUCCACCCCUAUUCCUCCCUCCGUUACGAGAAGACCCGCUCUGCCGAGCCCCCAACUGACUACGACCUGCCGGAAGAGUACAACGGUGAGCUGGUGUCAUGGGCCGGACUCUGUCACCCGGAGUGUAAUGAGAAUGGUUGCGAGGGUCCUGGACCUCAUCAGUGCAUCAACUGCUUGCACUACUUCCUUAAAUUCAAGAACAACACCAGGAUGUGCGUGUCAGAGUGUCCGUCCGGCUUCUUCCGCGACGAUAAGCGGCGCUGUAAGAAGUGCUACUCGCUGUGUGAGAAGUGUAUGGGCGGCCGCAGUGACCAGUGCACGUCCUGCAAACCUGGGUACCACUUGAAUGAGGGAACCAACAGCUGCGUAUCCAGCUGUGCGGACGGAUACUACCUCGAUGACGAUGCAAACGUUUGCCGAAGGUGCAGCGAGAACUGUAGACGUUGCACUACUCCCAGCAUCUGCAUAGAAUGCAAAGCAGGCUUGAGCCUUCAGGGUAAUAGGUGCCUAAUGAGCUGUGAAGCUGGCAGUUACUAUAACGGCCACCGGAGGACGUGUGAACCCUGCCACCGAGCCUGUGCUACCUGUGCAGGUACCGGCAUAGAGGCGUGCACCAAGUGUGCCAGUAACUACUUCGUCGAAGAGUGGAGAUGCGUGUCCGCCUGCAGCAUCGGCUUCUACCUGGCUGAGCAGACCUCGGAAAACGUCGAGACGCAGAAGGCCUGCAAGAAGUGUGACUCUAGCUGCUACACCUGCUCCGGCCCGGGGGACAGGAACUGCACGUCCUGUGUCAACGGCUACAACCUGGAGAGGGGAGUCUGUGCCGUCAGCACCAUCUGCAAAGAUGCAAAUGAAGAAUCUUGGGCAGAAGGAAGCUUCUGCGUGUUGGUCAAAAAGAACAAUCUGUGUCAGCGGAAGGUCCUGCAGCAGCUGUGUUGUAGAACGUGUUCUCUAAAAGGGUGACCGGACGUCCGGGGGGGUGCUGUGCUUCUGUAUGCAUUUAUAGUGAUAAUUUAUAUGAAAAUCUCUGCCUCCUCCACUCCAACUUUUCUAAGGGAACAUGUCAGAGACUCAGUGACAGGACUACAACAAACCUACCUUUUUCUGUACUGCGACGUGUCGUCAGCGUGGAGCGUGUGGAGUUUUUGUCAGCGUGUCGUUAUUUUGUGACCAAAGCAUCAAUGCCAAAUUGAUUAUUACCUGUUCAGAGUAGGAUUCGCAGUUUCCUGGGGGGGCCAUCCUUACAGUGUUUUACUAUCACUGUCCCCCCCACCCCCACCCCCACCCCCCUUCUCCUCCCUUUCAUGAUUGUGGCGCAAAGAUGAAAAGCUGUUGAAUGUUUCCCAUGUACUGUAAAUAAAUACGAAAAACUUGCUGAUUAACAUGAAUGUUUUGAAGCGGGUGCAUUUCAACGUGUUUGUUUAUAAUCCGCAGCUGUGAGUGCGUAUCUAGUGAACUCCGCUACCCCACCAGCAUCCCUGUUCCUCGGCUUAGAAAUGUCUCCCUUCUCGUUGAGUGUGGGGACUCGGACUUAUCGUUUCAGAUGGAAAUGUUUUAUUUUAGGGGCUUUGACUUGUGUGGGCUGGGCAAGGGUUAGGGUUGUUUUUUUAUUUUAUUUUAUUUUUAAUUUUUUUGCUGCUCUUGUUUUAACCUUGAUGUUGGAGGCCUGGGUCAUGCACCGCGAGGGCUGGUGUUAAUUUUGUCCCUUGCACAUUCACACUAGAAAAACGGACAUUUUGAAAACGUGACACCCCCCUCAACGCUAAUGAGUGACCCGAUCCUUGCUCUUUGUUCAUUGAUUGACACAGCGCACGUGUACACACACACACACACACACACACUCACGCACCCAAGUUUGCCUGCCGUGCAGCUCUGGGUCUCACAAAGCCGCUCUGUGCGGAAUCCUCGCCCGGCAGAAACAAUUCCAGUACUGUGCGAUUCUCGCAGGUUACAAACCGCAGAGUCUUGUUUCGCUUCUGAACAUGCUGGAAUAGUCUCAUCAGUAUCGGCUUUUCUUGCCCAUAUGUUCAAACAUUGAUUUGUGCUCCUCAUAACCAUCAAGUUUUUAUACGGUUAUUAAUAAAAUGUAAGGUUUUAAAAUUCAUGGGGCUGCAUGGGAAUGACAAAAAAAUUUUCAAUGUACAUUUGAAGUUUAUAGGACAACGAUUGGUUAACCUGAACAGUCCUGGGUCACCGACAGGUCAGGAAACCUUCAUUGGCCAAUGGCAUAAUCGGGUGCUAAAAAAAAUCUUUCACAUGCGGAUCUCACUCUCGUUUUUGUCUCUGCUUCUGAGCCUUCAUUUAAUGUAUUUAAUAAAUAUUUAGUAAAAAAUAGAAAAAGAUUUAAGUUCAGUAUAUGAUCUUCAAAGAUAACUUGCUUUGCUUUUUAAAUGUUAGUAUUGCUGUCUGUUAGUGAUCACGGAGUGUAACUAGUCGGUGUAGCUUUCAUUGAGGCUGAUACCAUUCUGCUUCGUCAGCCCACAAAGCCUAGCUAGUCCAGCACAGGCUAAAGAGAAAACGAUAUCGAAAGAUCCAAGUAAGGAAGCAAAUGCAUAACUCUGUCAUUCAGCCUGUCAUCUCAGAGUGUAGGCAUGAGAAGUUCUGGAGAAGCUGAAGGAGGCUUUGCUCCUCUUGGUCACUGUUGGGUAUGAGAGUGCAGGUCAUGCUGCCAAACGAUGCUUCCCUUGCUGUGCUUCACGGUUGAAGCUUGACUUCAUUCUAUGUAAUCUCACAGUUGCUGUGUUAAUGCACAUAGUUCCUCCUUCAGGGCCUCUGAAAGCUUAUGUUUGCAAGCAGGGGUGUCUUUGGGCCUGUUUUAGAGGGGAUACAUGUUUUUUAGCUCCCCCCCCCAAUGAGUUUUAUUAGCUUGAAUGAAUAGUUUGACAUCAGCCCGCCACCCCCAGUAAAGACUCAGCCGCCCCUAUUCAUUCAUCUCUAACGAUUCCUGUUAGGAACCUACUCUACUCCCUUAUUUUUAAUUGAGAACCCUUCAGUGUGAAUUUAUGCUUGGUGGAAAGUUCCUAGUUUUACUCUGGUACUCUACUAUGGUGUAAUCGCAAUAAAACAUUGGAAGUUUAGUCAAAACCAGAUAGAACCAUGUGGGGAAAAAAAGAAGCAGAUACUACAACGUAAAAGGGGAAAAAAGAUGGGUGGGGAGGGGGGCUUUACAUUCAGGCUUUUACCAGAAAGACAGUGUGGUCUGCAGCUUUGUAAUACUUUAUAAUAACUGUCAGCUUUGAAAGUUUUUUUUUGUUUUUAUUGUUUUGUAAUAACACCUGAGUUUUGUUAUCGGUCACAGCGAAGUAGUGUAGCUAGAAACAAAUGUUUUCUCCAAACCAUUCUUUGCAUGAAGUUCAUAGAAUUAUUGGCAUAGUUAAUAGCAAUAAUUGGGUUCGCUUGACUUGUUUGUGUGUCUCGAAACGGUGUGGGAAAUGUAAUGAAACCUUGGCAGAGGUUCGUAUCAGUUUAUCGUCAUCGAGCAUUUGGAAUCGGUGUGUAGAAGGGGCAGAGCUAUAGCCAAGAUGCUAAAUAAACUAUUUUGUCAUUGUUACAGUGUUAGGGCAUUUUGUCUAUUUUUAAAGCAUUCAGAGAAAUCCACACAUCUGUUAUGUACAAGCACAGCACCCUGCCCUUUUCACAGUGGUCCCGGUGACACGCGCGGCUCGCUCCGUUUCGGCGCGUUCCUCAGCGGCCACAGCAUGCGGCCGUUUACGGGCUGCGCGGCCCGCUUGUCUUUGGAGAGGCCGUCCCAGACAACGGGCAUUCUAGACCUUUGACAGGUGCUAAUCAGAGUCUGAAAACGCUGCUCCAGCAUUACCUCAUGUACUCGCCGUCUGUUUCUAUGAAGCCACACGCACACGCGGACACGUCACUCGGAGGUGGGACGGUACGGAAACAUAUCAUGGGUUCGCUUGACUUGUCUCUCAGAAUCCACUUCAUCAAAAGGCUGGAAUUGUCGUCUUUUCCUUACUUUUUUUUUUAAUUAUAUAUUUCAUGAAUCUUGGACACAUGAUCAUUAAAUCACAGUUUUCACAUUUUCAUUCCAGUUGUAGGAAUUAAAAUUAAAUCUUUUCUUAAAGGAUGUGAGUGCUAGAAGCCAUUUUUAUUUAUACAGGAGAUUUAUGAUGUGUGAUCUGUUCUUACAGAAGGUUCUGAAAUUGUGUGGUACCAUUUGAGUAUAUUGCUGCCUCAUUUUAUAUCAGUUUUAAUUAUAUAUUCAUGAUUAAAAUAUUAUGGUUUGUAAAGAUUAUGUGCAAAUACAUGCAAAGUCACAAAACUAAUAUGUAACUAAUUAUAUACAUUUAUCAUUUGCUUUAGGGAAAAAAUGUUUGUCUUUCUGUCAAAUUAAUGUACAUUUGUAAAAAUCAGUCUACAUGUAAGAUAUUUGAAUCCAGUUGUAAUUGAUAAUGGCCAAAAAUUGGUGUUUCAUAUGGGGAAAAAAACACUUAAUUACUUUUUAACUAUUCAGUCUAAUAUAAUGGUUUCUUUGUAGCUCAUAAAAUGUAUUCAAAAAAAGUACAAAUAAGUCUCAGUUGUCCCAAGAUUAUGGUAGUUUGAUAGUGAACAUUGUAAAAUUGAAGUGAUAUAAAUACCUUUUAAUAAAAUAAAAAAUGUGUAUUUCUGAAAAGCUGCCUACACAUUUAAUGAUAUUGUUUUAUUUUAGAAAUCCUUCCUUUGCUGUUCGUGCAAUUUUCAGGGUGCUACAAACACUUCAUAAGGUUCGAAUGUCACAUGUAGUUAGAAAAUGAAUUUUCCAUCGUGUGUUUGUGUCCUGUGCAUGACCCAAAUAAGCGGUUAGAAGGUACAUGGAUGUUCGUGUCCAAAAUAUGAGCAAAAUGACAGCUUCCAGUCUCAGAAAGCACUUCAAGGUCAAAUCAUAGCAAAUUCUGUUUACGCCGAUAGUCAGAGCGUGUGAUGGUACAUUUUAAUGUUUAAUUAGUGAUUUUUCUGUGCUCAUAGCUGAGGUGUAUAUAAAUACAUUGUUUUUCCUCAUUUAAUUAAAAAUAGUUUAUUAA